AUGGAUACUUCAAAAAUUCGUGUGAUUUUUGAAUACGAGUUCCGACGCGGAACUAACGCGGCAGAAACAGUUCGCAAUAUUAAUGUUGCGUUUGGAGAGGGGACUGCUAAUGAAUGCACUGUGCGAUUUUGGUUUAAACGCUUUCGUGAUGGAAACUUCGAUUUGAAGAACAAACCACGUGGAAGACCGCCCACACUGGUGAAUAACAAUGAUUUGAAAGAGAUGGUGGAAGCCGAUCCGAGCCAAACUACCCAGGAAUUAGCGGCAUGGUUUAACGUUACCUUACCAACAAUAUUAAUUCAUUUGCGUCAAAUCAAAAAAAUAAAAAAAUAUGAAAAAUGGGUGCCUCAUGAUUUGACUGAUCUGCAGAAAGAAACGCGUGUUGAAACUUGCGUUGCCUUGUUGAAUCGAUACAGAAAUGAAGGAAUAUUGGAUCGAAUUGUGACAUGUGAUGAAAAAUGGAUUCUUUACGAUAAUAGUAAGCGGAAAAUGAAAUGGCUGACCCCAGGUCAACGCCGCAACAGUGUCCUAAAGCAAAGCUUACCAAUAAAAAGGUAA